GUUAUUGUAUAUCCCUCCGCGUGCCAUAACUAGCCACAGUAGCAUCGUUUGUUGUUCUCGUGGUCGGUUUGUCAGCAAUUUUCUUUCCCCACGAACCCGGAACGAGCGAACGACUGACUCUCCGUCUGUCAUCUCUCGUAACGAUGAAGUUCCAGUAUAAAGAAGAGCAUCCCUUUGAGAAAAGGCGUUCCGAAGGCGAGAAGAUUCGGAAGAAGUACCCUGACAGGGUUCCCGUAAUUGUGGAGAAAGCGCCCAAAGCAAGAAUAGGUGAUCUGGACAAGAAGAAGUAUCUCGUCCCCUCCGACCUGACAGUGGGCCAGUUCUAUUUCCUCAUCCGAAAACGAAUCCACUUGAGAGCUGAGGACGCACUCUUCUUCUUUGUAAACAACGUCAUUCCACCCACCUCGGCCACCAUGGGACUAUUGUACCAGGAGCACCACGAAGAGGAUUUUUUCCUCUACAUUGCCUACAGUGAUGAGAGCGUGUAUGGGAGCAGCCAAAGGGAAAUGUGAUCCCCACUCUGUCGCUUCUCCACCGCCUUCCCAUGACGCGUACAUCCAUCCUUUGGAAAUAUUUAAUCUAGCUCAGCAGCUUGGAGUUCACAGAGCAAAAGGCGUCAGAUGCACUUUCACCGUCCUUGUUCCCUUCAACUUCUCCCUUAGUCAGUCUCACGUUGUAUCUAUCGGCCUCCAUUUCUUAUCCCCCCACUGCUACGGAACUACUAUGUUGAGUAUGAUUCAUUGUGGUUAUUGUUAAUUUUAGAUGGCUUUAAUUACCGUAUCGUGAAGCUGAGUGCAAUUAUUUUUUUUAAGAACUCUAUAGAGCUGUAUCACUGACGCUUUCUCUCCACUCGUGAACAUAAAAUUAUAAAAUGUGCUCAAAAAGUUA